AUGGCCGAAGUCGAUCUCAACGAAUACAAUGGCGGCCGCUUGGUCGGCGCCACCAUCGCUCUACUGGUUCUGAGUUGGAUCACGAUUGGACUACGCACAUAUACCCGAGCCGUGAUCAUGAGGAGUUUCCAGUCCGACGAUUGGUUGAUGUUGGUGGCUCAGAUCAUCUUUACAUCAAUGUGCGCGUUCAUCUUCGAAGGCGUGCGUAGAGGCAUGGGACGACACAACGCAGCUAUCGAGUCUGACGAUGAUACAGUUGCUGCCCUCAUGUGGCAAGCGAUUGCGACGAUUGCCUACAUCCUGUCCAUGAUGUUCGUCAAACUCAGCAUCGGUGUCUUUCUUCUUCGACUAUCCGCCAGAAAAGUCUACACCAUCAUCAUCAAAAUCAGUCUCGUCGUUGUCACCCUAUAUACGCUGGGCGUCUUUUUCUGGGAUGUUUUCCAGUGCAUGCCCGUCGCCAAGCAGUGGGAUUACAGAAUCACAGAGGGCCAUUGCGCUAGUGGGCAAGACAUUAUCAAUGCCGCCUACGCCAUCAGUGUCCUCACUGUUGUUUCGGAUUGGCUCUACGCGCUGCUGCCAAUCCCCAUGCUGUGGAACGUCAAAAUGACCAAGCAAGCCAAGGUCACGGUAGUCCUUAUUCUUGGUCUUGGUAUUUUCGCCAGCAUUGCUACACUAAUACGUGUCAAGUUCUUGGCUUCUCUGACAGAGACGGAUGAUCUGCUCUUUUCUGCAACCGAUGCCUUACUCUGGAGUAUGGUAGAGCCUGGCGUUGCAAUCAUCGCCUCGAGCCUCGCAACCAUUCGACCCUUGCUGCGCGUUCUCAAGAUCCGUGGCUUCGAAUCAACGCACCGCACGCGAUCUACAGGAUUGUCGGGCAAGAAGCAGGGAAGCUCUAUGCCGGGAUAUGGACCCAACGAUGUCUCGCUGCACCGCGUCACUGUCGUUGAUUCUGAGAGUCGCAGUGAGGCCAUGGCCUAUGACGAGUACCAUCGCCAUGCGGCCGGACUAACUUCGCAUCCGCCGCCCUUGGCUUACAAUAACGACCCGAUGCUGGGAAACAAGGUCAGCAUCUCUGCUGGUGGUAGCGGCACACCUGUACGGAAAGAUUCCAACAGUGAGGUCUACAUCAUUGAGGGCAAAACAGUUUCCCCGACAUGGAGUCCACGCGAAUACCCGGCCUCAGACAGAUCCGUCGAGGACAUGAGUGCCCUGGAGGAGCAGAGCCAGGAUCUGGGCAAUGGUACAUCGAGUCGGCAUGGGCGCCGGCCUUGA